CGUGACGUCACUCUGAGCUGACAGGGACGGGAAGAUGGCGUCGGCUGGGGCUCACCUCGGUAGCAUCACCGCGGCUGUGGCUGCUUGUGUCAGUGUACUGGUCGUGCUGAGCGGCGGAGCACGCGGCGAACAGGUGCCGCUGGUUCUGUGGACGAGCGAUGGUGUCUCCCUUCCCACCCAGACUCCGCCGGCAGCGGGUCACAUCGUUGGGCAGCAGCAGCUGGAGUCGUACCUGGAAACGCUUGUGAACACUGGCCCGAGGAACGUGGUUCUGUUCCUGCAGGACAAGAUGAGCAUCGAGGACUUCACCAUGUAUGGAGGAGCCUUUGGAAACAAGCAGGACAGUGUUUUUCCCAACCUUGAGGCGGCUCUGACGUCCUCGUCUUCGUCCUUGGUCCUCCCGGCCGUUUCAUGGCCUGCCUCCAACGCAGUGAUUGGCCACUUGCAGGAGCAGUUGGAAACCUCACCACUGUACAUGGACCCGGAGACCCUGAGCCAGCUGAGACUCAACGCUUCCUCACCUGCUCUGCUGGUCUUCAGGCUGCCCUAUGGCACUGGGGCUGAUCUGAUGUCUGCCAAGGAAAUUCUCAGUGGAAAUGAUGAGGUCAUCGGUCAGGUGUUGAGUGUCAUGAAAACCCAGUCGGUUCCGUAUGCAGCCAUUUACACAGCUCUGCAGCCCUCAAGGGAAGCGACUCCUCUGUCCAUGGAGGCAGGUCUGGGCGGAGGACGCUCUCUUCUACAGGCCAGAGGUGGAUACAGGGACAAGCAGCGCAGAAUCAAGGAGAGGCCUGGAGACUAUGCGCCUGUGGAGUUUGAGGAGGGGGGGAGUACCUGCAUCCUCCUGUGGGCCAAGGCUCUGUCAGUGAGCAUCCUACGGAGCGGCCGCUGGGAGGACUACGACCUCACCAAGCUCACCUUUGGAGAGGAGGUCAAACCAAAGCUCCAUGGCUCAAGUUGCAACAAGACCAAAGCAAAGUUGGUUCUAAAUUAUGAGAACGUCCUCGGCCACCGCAGCUUCAAAGUGAUCUUCGCAAUGAGCCAGCGUUACUACAAAGUGUCCGCCCGCCGCUGGUUCACACUCGACACUGUGGAGCUGCAGUAUGACGGCACCAAGGCCACUUUCAAUGGGAGCAGGAGCAUCUACGCCCCCAGCGAGUUCUCGUACCGCUGCGAGUCCGUCACCAGCUUCCGAUGGCCGCUGCUCGUCCCACACUCCUCCCAAGAUCCGGCCAAUCAGUGGAAGGUCUCCUUCGAAGACUUCCAGAUCCAGGGCUUCAACGUGAGUGGCAGUGACUUUUCCUAUGCCAGUGACUGCGCCGGCUUCUUCUCCCCUGGCAUCUGGAUGGGUCUGAUGACCAGUCUUCUCAUGGUCCUAGUUCUCACAUACGGCCUACACAUGAUCAUGCGGCUCCACACUAUGGACCGUUUUGAUGAUCCCAAGGGUCCGGCCAUUGCUGUGCCUCAAACUGAGUAACUCCACGAUGUGUCCAUCUCCUCUCCUUUCUCUCCCUGACAUCUCGUUUCACUGCACUGCUUCCUUUCAUUCCAGUCCCCAGUCGUUUGUAGUUUACCGAAUAAUUAGCCGUGCUGUUUGUAAUGUGCAGCCUCAGUAUAUUUGAGUCACACUUGUAAUGAGUUUCCAGCUGUGAUGGCAAGUGAAAAAUCAGUUCACAAUCAGGUUGUGGUUCAGUCUAAACAUAUAGUUUUAACCAGAACAUACAGUCGACUGUAGCUUCUGGUUUAUAGUAUAAACCCAAGUCAUUUGUUUGUAUCCCAUGAACAGCGACAGCAGGAAUCUAGUGUGAGCAGUGAUGAGCCCUUUAGAUCAGGCUGUGGACAACAGACAUCCCAAAGCUUCUGUUCAGGGCCGAUUCUUUGACCAACUUGAUGUCUUGUUAUCACCUUUUGGGUUUUUCAAACAUGACCGUGGUUCCACUGAUGCUGAUCCAUGAGGCCCAGGCUGGGAUUUAUAUAUGAUGUACGGCAGCAGAACAUAAAGAAAUAGAAAUGUUAUUUAUUGGUGAACCUACUGUAGUUUGUGUGUAAAUACGAAUAUAGUUGUUGAAUGAAGAACUCACUUGAAGUGUUUUGUUUCAUGGUUGAAUUUUUCGUUUUUAAUGUUUUUCAGUUUACUUAAAUGUGAUUUUUAUUUCCCAGUUUUGGUGGCUCAGCUGAGUGUUUAUUUUAUUUAUUUGGAUGGUUCAUUGUAACUAUCAGUGGUGUGUUGUUCUAUGUUGUGCUGCUGCUGUGAAUGCAAUAAAAUCUGUGAAGUCCA